UGAAACUUGGAUAAAGUUUCCCCAAAAAAGUAAGGAAAAACGUCCUGCGAGAGAAGGACGGUGCCAAGCGUACGUUUGAAAGUAGUGUAUCAGACUCCCAAGACGUAAAGAGAAGAAUAGUCGUAGAGUAAGACAUUUUUUAAAACGGCUUUCUGUCGGUGCCUGGCUGCAUAUUCGGAUAUAUUUUCUAACUCAGGCUUCAAAAGUGGAGACCGUUUUUUCUUCGAUAUCCUUGCAUUUCUUUAAACGAGAAAUGGAAGAGGGCUCAAGUUCUCCCAUCUCCCCUGUGGAUAGCCUAGUGACCAGCGAGGAGGAGUUGGACAGACAACAGAAAAGAUUUGGAAGGAAGAGGAGACACAGUAAAAAGUCGAGCGAAGACAGCAGUCCGGGAUCCGCGAAACGGGGCAAAAAAACGAGUCCAAGCAGCAAUCAGUCCUACGAGGAGUUGCAGAACCAGCGGUGCCUGGCCAACGUCAGGGAGAGGCAAAGGACACAGUCGCUCAACGAAGCCUUCUCGUCUUUACGCAAAAUCAUCCCCACUCUACCCUCGGAUAAACUGAGCAAGAUCCAGACACUAAAACUGGCCUCCAGAUACAUAGACUUCCUCUAUCAGGUGCUGCAAAGCGAUGAGAUGGACAACAAGAUGUCGAGCUGCAGCUACGUUGCGCACGAGAGACUCAGUUAUGCGUUCUCGGUGUGGAGGAUGGAGGGCGCGUGGUCAAUGUCUGCAACGCACUAGCACCCAAAGCCCUUCACUCAUUGCCAAAGCGACUGUUUACUUCUACAAAGUAUGAAGACACCAAAUCUAUUGAAGAACCCACGAACCUCAGAAACAUUGUCAAGAGACGUAAAUGUGACACACAGCUCUCCUGGAGUGCGUUGAGUGCAAUUACCUAACACAUGGAACAGUGUGAGAAGGAGUCAAAAUAACCUUGAAAAUCAUGUUGCAUACUCAGACUGUGUUGUCAGACAGUGUGGUAUGACGCUUCUAGUGUCUACUGGUGCAUUAUCACGUUGUUUUAAUGUCGGUGAUGAUAGUAGGAAAAGCCAUAUUUGAUCUUUUUUUGGGGGGAAAUUAUAUUUCGUUCUGUUUUUAAAAACAAUACAUAGAAGUAUAUAAAUGUUUCUUAUUGUACAUACCUGUAAGUAUCUUCAGCUUGUAAGGGACCAAUGCAAUUUAGAAUACGUUAUUGAAGUACGCUCCAUGGAUGUUCAACUCCGUUUGUUUUUUUUUGCCUAUUUAUUAAAACACAUAUUUUUGAAUGAUGUAGUUGAGCCCUUUGAUUUAUGUUUCCAUAGAAUACCGUAGCAAUUGUGGCAUUAUGACAUAUGCUAUAUCCCCUAUAUUAUAUAUCAAUGUAAAUAAUUCCAGUAGGCUACAUAAAUAAAAAAGUUUAAACUCACAUAAACUGAGUAAAAACCAUACCCUUUUUUUCUCCUGAUCGUUUUACAUCUUGUUUGAAAUUUAAUUAAGAAAAACAAUUGCAUUAUUUAUUUGUGACUGUAAAAAAAUAUGUGUGAUAUGUGUGACUAUUGUUACUCGCUAAUGACUAUUGUUACUCGCUAAUGACUAUUGUUACUCGCUAAUGACUAUUGUUACUCGCUAACAGUGUUUGUUUGUAGAAGGGUCUCUGCCAUAUUUUCUCCGGAUAAUUUCAUAGACUAGGCGAAAACAAACACUCCUUUCACUGCUUAGUGUGAGAUUUUGUUGAGCUUUUCUUUCUCCUCUUGUUGUGGAAAAAAAAAUCACCCGCUAAAAACCGUCAAAUUAAAACUGCCGGGCUUUAUUAACAGCGGGGGUAAUUCGAGCCAGUUUCAAACCAAAGGCAUAUAAAAGUAUUGUCCGCCUUAAUAACAACGUAAUCAUUUAAAUAGCGAUGCCGUGAGGGGAAUUCUUUAACGAGCAAGGGAGCCCGAACAACCGCAGAUAACGACAAUAACUAUCGCGCAGCUUUUAAAUACCGGGCCCCUAGUAGACCUCUUAAUUUUCCCUUUCAAUCUAACCCACACACUCUCAAAGCAUACAAUUGUUUACAUUCAAUUUUCCCAGACUUGGUUAAGAUAUACAUCUCUAAACAGUGAAAGGACCUUAUUGUUAAACACAGUUUGCACAGUGCGGGUCACUCAGUGCAAGUUCAGCGUUUUGGCAUUCAUUCCACUUUGACAAACCCUUGCUAUAACGUUGCUGUUGACUUUUAUUGGCUUGCAUGCCCAUUGUCAAAUUAUAGGGUUAUUGUCAUUUUGAAAAAGGUGCCAGGCCUACAAAAACGUUGAAUUUCACUGCAUGGCGCCUUUGGGAAAUAUCAUGAAAAUGACUUGUAAAAAAAGCAAACUCACCUAUGGUGGUUAACCAUGAUGUUAAGGCAUGUAAGACGAAUUCCUAUUUUGAUAACGAUGCCUCAACAUAGGAGCCUGACUGCAAGCUACUGGCAGACAUACACCAAACAACCUGAAUAAACUUCAAGAUGAGUGUUCAAAUCCUGGUGGAGGAAAUCUGGCAGCGUUUUGAAGUGGAAGCACCUGCGAUGUACAGUAAUGUUCUCCAGUUGUGAUGCUCUUGGAUGCUGCAGUAGGCUAGCCUUUAGCAUACUCAAAUAGGAAGCUGUUACGUGAAGUCACAUAGGCCUAUCUAUUUCCCAUGCUCGCACCUGCAUCCAAUCCAGUAGCCCUAGGCCCAUAUUCAUUGCACGCACCUGUUCAGGGCCUCGUUUCCCAGAGACUUCGUAGCGUUAAGAUCAUCGUUAGAACUUUCUUACCAUGUAGCCGAGGUGUUUUCUCUAGGAGCUGAUCCGUCGUCACUAUUGUGGAAUAAUUAUAAUGUUUAAGGUAAGAUUUGAAUGGAGAAAGCUGAUCCGAGAGCAGCGCUGCUUUCUUUUGAUCCUAUCAGUACAGUAUCAACACAUGGUUUAAUGCACUUACCAAAUGUCCUCUCUACUUGCUUGUUUGGGAAACACUUGAAAAAUAAAGAUGCAUCUGGUAUGCUCAUCUUACAUCUCAACUGGAAAACGAGACCCCAUUCAA